GCCGGUGGCCGCGGGGCUCGGCAGUCCGGACCGAGCCAUGGAGCCGCCGGCGCCCGGCGAGGUGCGCAUGAGCCAGGCCAUCCGGCCAGCGCACGCCAACGCGCGCGGGGAGCUGAACGCGGGGCAGCUGCUCAAGUGGAUCGACGCCACCGCCUGCCUGGCGGCUGAGAAGCAUGCCGGGGUUUCCUGUGUUACAGCCUCAGUUGAUGACAUACAGUUUGAGGAAACAGCUAGAGUUGGACAAGUCAUAACCAUCAAAGCAAAAGUUACUAGAGCAUUCAGCACCAGCAUGGAGAUUAGCAUCAAGGUCACAGUUCAGGACACGUUCUCCAGAACUGAAAAACUUGUUAGUGUGGCCUUCUCUACAUUUGUAGUCAAGCCAGCCGGAAAAGAAAAGAUUCAUUUAAAACCAGUCACACUUCAAACUAAAAAAGAUCAUAUGGAACAUAAUCUGGCUUCUGAAAGAAGGAAAGUUCGACUGCAACAUGAAGAUACCUUCAGAAAUUUGAUGAAGGAACAUAGCAAGUUUGGUGAUCUCUUUUAUGAGGAAGCAGAAGGAAUGGUUUCUACAGGGGACACCUCUGUUCAGAGCAUUGAACUUGUCCUCCCACCCCACGCGAAUCAUCAUGGAAAUACAUUUGGUGGUCAGAUUAUGGCUUGGAUGGAAGCAGUGGCCGCUAUUUCUGCAAGCCGCCUCUAUGAGGCACAUCCUUUUCUGAAGUCUGUGGACAUGUUUAAGUUUCGAGGACCAUCUACAGUCGGAGAUCGACUUGUCUUCAGUGCAAUUGUCAACAAUACAUUCCAGACCUGUGUGGAAGUGGGAGUGCGCGUGGAGGCAUUCGACUGCCGGGAGUGGUCCGAGGGCCGAGGACGACACAUCAACAGUGCCUUUCUCAUUUAUAAAGCUGUUGAUGACAACCAAGAACCGGUCACAUUUCCACGAAUCAAACCCGUGUCAAAGGAUGACUUUAGACGGUAUCGUGGAGCUAUCGCCCGCAAAAGAAUUCGUCUUGGCAGAAAAUAUAUGAUUUCCUACAAAGAAGAAGUUCAACUUUGUGAAGAGUGGGAUAUAAACAAUCAGGUAUCCCUGAGUGAUGGCAAUGUGACGGCUCUCAAAAAUCUGGCAGCCAAAAGUGGUUGGGAGAUUACCAGCACUGUGGAAAAGAUAAAAAUAUAUACUCUGGAAGAGCAUGAUACUUUAUCUAUUUGGGUUGAAAAACAUGUGGAGAGACCAGCACAUACUGCCUAUCAUCUCUUGUCUGACUUUACCAAGAGGCCUCAGUGGGACCACCAUUACGUGUCAUGUAAGAUCAUAGAUCGGGUAAGUGAAGAUGAUCAGAUAUAUCAUAUUACAUGUCCUACAGUGAACGAAGACAAACCCAAAGACUUGGUGGUACUUGUGUCACGAAGAAGACCUCUCAAAGAUGACAAUGCUUUCACCGUGGCAGUGAAGUCAGUGAUUCUUCCAUCCGUCCCACCCUCUCCACAGUACAUGAGAAGUGAAAUUAUAUGUGCUGGGUUUCUCAUCCAUGCUACUGACAGCAAUUCAUGCAUUGUGUCUUACUUUAAUCAGAUUUCUGAUAGCAUCUUUCCUUACUUUGCUGGAAAUCUUGGUGGCUGGUCUAAGUCCAUUGAAAAUACAGCAGCUUCCUGCAUACAGUUCAUUGAGACUACUCCUAGUGAUGGGGUGAUAUGAACACUUUACAUGGUUUCUGUACUUUGGGCACAUCCAAAACUUCUUCAUAGUCUGCACUCAUUCCCUUCGCCAAGCGACCAACUGUGACCAAUCGCUCUGUAAAGGAAUACACAAGUCAGAAUAUAAGAAAAAUGACCAUCAAACACAGCCACCUAGAUUGGUACCGGUUCAGCAAAAGAACUAGUUUUGAUAUGGAUAAUCACAAAGAGGGAAGAUUCCAUCAUUAAAAAGUGAGCAAUUCUGUAAUUGAUUAUAACCCUUGAUUUCAGAGUACCACAGGCAAUUUCUCAUCCCAAUUAGGGAAAUGUGGUGACUGCUUUGCAAUGCACAAAUUGAUGAGAAAGCUCUUUCAUUCUUUCCCAGAGUUCAUCAUUAUAGAGUCAAUGAAUUCCAAGAGUCUGUAAACAGCAAGACUUAUGAAGCAUCAGUUCUAAAUGCACAAGAUUCCACCUGUGAAAUUAUACAACAUCUGCUUGUCAGUCUUGUCAUUUGGGAAGUGGCAAUCCUCCCAGGAGGGAGAAUUCAAAUUCCAUUUCAUCAUUUCAAUCUCGCUCCUUAAAACUUAGUAAAGACUAUCUUUUUCUAGACAAGACUGUAAACAAGAACUCUUGGUUUUUGAAAUUUGAAUGUUAGAGGGAAGUAGGAAUGAGCAAACUUACUUGAGAAGAACUAGAUGGUGUAAAAUAAAAAGAAAUGCGCUUUCCUCACUAAGAAGCAUUACGGGGCUUUUCUACUACGUGGCUUUCAUUCAUACAGGAUUAUCAUCAUUUUAAUCCAGGUAAAUGAAUGGAGCAAUCACCUCUACUUCCCCCAAAUCUGCCACAGAUACAGUGAACAUUUACAAAGCUGCUUAUAGGUUUAACAAGAAAAUAAAAAUCAGAUUAAGUAAUCUGUGAGAGGACAGUGAGUUAGACUACAGAGCAAUCUGCCUAUGAAGUUUCUGAUGACUCUGGGUAUUGUAUUUCAUUAGGCAGAAAUCAUUACUGGCCAGAUGCUGCGUAGAUAACAUUUCUGGCAGUUCUGGCAACCAACCCUGAAUGCUUCUAGUACAAGGUUUAUGUACGGAUAAUCAACCCAGGAAUGGCAAAAAUUAUUUUCAUAUCUAAUUUUUCUUUGUGAAUCAAUACUUUAAAGUAACAAAAUUAUCUCUAUUAUUAAAUUAAUUGAAUAGCUAAUGCAAAUGCUUAUAAGUAAGAUGCUUUAUAAAGUUAGGUAUAAUGGGCACUCUUCUCCCCACCUGAGAAUAUCAGCUAAUACUAUUAUACCCAGUGCUGAGAGUGAUGAGUAAGUCAUCACUGUAGUAGAAAAUGACAUUGUCUUAAAAUCAGUAGAACCUCAAAGAGUUAUGAAUAACAAGAUGCCACAGAGACAACCAAAGAAUACUAAAUUAACCCUUCUAAACAGAGGCCCAGAGAUCUCACCUGAAUUCUUACUUUCAGGACAAUCUUUCUUAAAAUGUUCCACAGAGCCACAAAGUUUGCAGCCACCACCUAUUGAAAGAAGGAAAUCAGUGAAAAAAUCACAUACUUACAUAGAAUUUUAAUGCCUCUAAGUCCUCUCAUAUCUUAUAUGACUCAAACAAUCUGUCAGUUGUAAAAGUAAAUGGAGCCAGGAACAUGGGCAGGUGCCACCACUCCUAUGAAAGAGUCUAUUCUCCAUUCCUCUCCACCUCACAGAACCAUUAUCUACCCACAAUUUUGUUUUGUUUUGUUUUAUUUUGGAAUUAUACCUGGUUAUGGUCAGGGGUUACUCCUGGUUAUGCACUCACGAAUUACUCCUAACAGUGCUCAGGGGACCAUAUGGAAUGCCAGGUCGGAUGCAUACCAGGCAAGCACCCUACCUGCUGUGCUAUCGUUCCAGCCCCACUAGCCAAAGUUUCUUGUGCUUGCUCUCAGGGGCAAAGUGGGAAAGAGAAAAGAAAUAAGAUGGAAGUCACUAGUCCUCUGCAAGGUCCAAGAGGCACUGCCCAGAAUCCAGAAGUCUGGUUCUUUACCAUGGUUCAAGGGACUAUGAACUUUUUAUUUUUUUUUUAAAUUUUUAUUAAUGAAACACCAUGAGGUACAGUCGUAGACUUACAAAUUUUUGUGCUUGGGUUUCAGUUAUACAAUGAUCGAACACCCAUCCCUCCACCAGUGCCCAUUCUCCACCACCACUGAUCCCAGUAUCCCUCCCACCCCCCAUUUCCCCCAUCCUACCCUGCCUCUUUUGUUCUCUCUCUCCUUUAGGGUGCUAUGGUUUGCAACAGAGGCAUUGACUGGCAAUCCUAUCCUGGGAGAAUCCUCCCAACACCCUUUAUUUGGUGCUCCCUUCUCGAUCUGAGCUGCCUUUUCCCCCAUGUGUGCGGCUAGCCUCCAAGCGGGACUGUGAACUUUUUAAUCUUAUGCAAAAUCUGCGCGCUGAUGGAUUUUUCCAAGGUGGAAGAUAGCCACAGUUUUUAAUGAUUCAUAAAUGACCUCCCCAACCCCCCCCCAAAAAAAACCAAAAACCAACCAAAACCAAAACCCAAAACCCAAUCAAACAAAAACCUUUAUCUAUCUGCUGUAGAAGUUAGAUAGGGGAACCAGUCAGAGAAGGAAUGACUUGUUUCAGUGACAACUAUCUGCCAGGCAUCUUAAUCCUAAUAAACUCCUAUAUGUCUACUUCAACAAUAUUUCAGGAUUGUGUGGCAUCUUGUUUUGUUUGGUUUUGUUUUUGUUUGGUUUUUAGACCAUUAUUCAGUGAUGCCCAAGGCUUAUUUCUGGCAGGGCUCGGGGAACUGUAUUGGGUGCCAGGGAUCGAACCUGGGUUGGCCAUGUGCAAGACAAACACCCUACUUACUGUAAUAACUCUCCAAUCCUUGUGAUGAAUCAGUCACUUAAUGGUCAAACACUAUUACUCAGUGGUCAAACAUUAUCAUGACCAUAAUGCUAAUAUUAAAUGACUUAGAAAAAUGGUACUCUUAAGUUAUCAAUCUGGCUGAAUUCUUUGUCUUAUGUGAUUGACUCCCAUUGCUACACAUUAAAAAAUAUCCCAGUCUUGGGAGCUGGAGCAAUAGUACAGUGGUUAGGAUGUUUGCCUUGCAUGUGGUUGACCUGGGUUCAAUUCCCAGCAUUCCAUAUGGUCCCCCAAGCACCGCCAGGAGCAAUUCCUGAGUGCAAAGUCAGGAGUAACUGUGCACUGCUGGGUGUGACCCCCCCCAAAAAAAAUCCCAGUCAUUUUGCUUUGUCAUUCAAAGCCUUCUAUCCCCAUCAUCCAAGUUGUCUGACCUACUUCAGAAGUUCAAAAUGAAAAGGUCCUUUGAGCAAUUCCCAAGCCCAAGUUUCUUUACCACUGUAGAGCAAAACAAUAGUGACAUCUGAAUAAUUUAUUUUAAUUCUCGUAACUCUUCCAGGUAAGUAAUGCAAUUCAUCAAAUUCAAAACAUAAGAUGUAUGCAGCAUUACAGAUUUCUCGAAUAAAAGAAAAACUGCUAAUAAUUCUGUGGCAACCCCCCCCCCCCAAGAUAGACAUGUUGAGUUCAGAGACACUAAAUGUGAAACAUAUCUAAGAAUCAAUGAAAUACAUCUUCACUUCCAGACA